AUGGACGCGGGGCGGGCGGGGCCUCCGGCCGCGAGGAGGGGGCGGGGCCGGCCGGCAGCCUCCGGGCGGCGCGGCGCGGGCGGCGGCCGAUCCAGGGCGGGGGUCGGUGGCCCGGCCAGCCCGGCCCAGCCCCCCGGCCCGGCCCGGGGCCGCGUCCGGAGCGUCCGCCCUCGCCGCUGCAGCCUCGGUACCCGGCCGGCCAUGGAGGCCGAGCGCCCCCCGGCGCCCGGCCCGGGCUGCGGGCGCCCCCCACUCCGCGCCGCCGGCCGGGACCCCGCGGCCGCGCCCGUGUCGGUGCCCGCGCCGCCGCAGGGCCCUGCCGUGGAGUUCGCGCUGCCGCAGGAGCCGGAGCCGCGGGCCGCGGACCUCGGGGCCCCGGGGGCGGGGGCGGCGGGGCCACCGACGCCGUCGGCGCACAUCCCGGUGCCAGGGCAUAGAGCCCCCCCAGGAAAAGCCCGGCUGGACGAGGUCAUGGCUGCCGCAGCCCUCACAAGCCUGUCCACCAGCCCCCUCCUGCUGGGGGCCCCGGCUGUAGCCUUCAGCACAGAGCCCAGCUUGGAGCCCUGGAGGGAGGCCCCGGUGCGGCCACCGGGCAGCGGCGGCAGCAGCGGGAAUGGGGGCUGGGGCCCGACCAGUGACCAGUCCUCUCCAUCUACCCCGUCGCCCCCGCUGCCCCCUGAGGCAGCCCACUUCCUGUUCGGGGAGCCUGCCCUGAGGAAGAGGAAGAGCUCGCUGCAGGGGCUGUUCCAGUGCCUGUGGAAGCGCUGCGGGAAGGUGCUGAGCUCGGCGUCAGGGAUGCAGAGACACAUCCGUCUGGUGCACCUGGGGCGGCAGGCAGAGCCGGAGCAGAGCGACGGCGAGGAGGACUUCUACUACACGGAGCUGGAUGUCGGUGUGGACUCGCUGACCGAUGGGCUGUCUGGCCUGACCCCGGGGUCCCCCACGGCCUCCGUGCCACCCGCCUUCCCCCGCCUGGAGCCGCUGGAGCCCCCGGCCCUGCCCAGCCUGCUGCGCCCGCCCGCCCUGCCCCCGCCCCCGGUGCUGAGCUCCCUGCCCGCCCCCCAGGGCUGCCUGGCACCCGUCCACCCGGAGCCACAGCCCAUCCCGGUCAGGGCCUGCGCGCCAGCCCUGCCCGCCAAGCCCGGUGCCAACCCGAGGAAGCCCCGAGGUGACGCCAAGAAGUGCCGGAAAGUGUAUGGCAUGGACCACCGGGACCUGUGGUGCACGGCCUGCCGCUGGAAGAAGGCCUGCCAACGCUUCCUGGACUGAGCCCCGCCCGCCGGGGCCUCUCCCAGCUGCAGGGCCUUCUUUUUAACCGGUGGGGGACGGUCCCCACCACUCAAAGUGCCUCUGAAGAAACCAGCCUCUCGGCCUUUUGCACUAAUGCCAAACCUCACAGCUGUCCCCUUGGCCUGGGGUCCCCAGGGGUGGCCGCCCCCCACCUGUCGGCCCUGAACUUGUCAGGGGUGUGACGGGCCCUGCUCUGGGGCCACACGGGGCCAUCCUCGAUGCACUUUGAGGGGUGUCGGGGAGGGGGCGCCCUUGCCCGCACUUAACCUGACUGUUUGAGGGCCCGGGUGGACAUUUGUACCGUGUUUGCCAAGCUCAGGUGUCUCACGUCUGGGCUGAACCAGGCGAGGAGUAACAUUAAAGAUUCGGGAUUUUUCCAAAA